GCCGCCCAGGGCCAUGGCGGCGCUCGGCGUCGUCUUCCUGGUGCUGCUCCAAGCGGCGUCCUGGCCGCUGGCCUCGGCCUCGGGCGAGGAGUUCUGGCCCGGCCAGUCGGCGGCCGACAUCCUGUCGGGGGCGGCGUCCCGCAGACGGUACCUCCUGUAUGACGUCAACCCCCCAGAGGGCUUCAACCUCCGCAGGGAUGUCUACAUCCGCGUCGCCUCCCUCCUGAAGACGCUGCUUAAGGCUGAGGAGUGGGUGCUGGUGCUUCCUCCGUGGGGCCGCCUCUAUCACUGGCAGAGCCCUGACGUUCACCAGGUCCGGAUUCCCUGGGCCGACUUUUUUGACCUUCCGAGUCUCAACAGAAACAUCCCGGUCGUAGAGUACGAGCAGUUCAUUGCAGAAUCCGGCGGGCCCUUCAUCGACCAGGUUUAUGUCCUGCAGAGUUACGCGGAAGGGUGGAAAGAGGGGACCUGGGAAGAGAAGGUCGACGAGCGGCCGUGCCUCGACCCACUGCUCUACUCCCCGGACAAGCACGAGUACUACAGAGGAUGGUUUUGGGGUUAUGAAGAGACGAGAGCUUUGAACGUCUCCUGUUUGUCCGUUCAGGGAUCAGCUUCCAUCAUGGCGCCUGUCCUGCUGCGAAACACGUCGGCGAGGUCGGUGAUGUUGGACAGAGCCGAGAACCUCCUGCACGACCACUACGGGGGGAAGGAGUACUGGAACACCCGGCGGAGCAUGGUGUUCGCCAAGCACCUGCGGGCCGUGGGAGACGAGUUCAGAAGCAAGUACCUGAACUCCACGGACGAGGCCGACAGGAUCCCCUUCGAGGAGGACUGGACCAAGAUGAAGGUCGUGCUGGGCUCCUCGCUGGGGGGCCCGUACCUCGCAGUUCACCUGAGGAGAAAGGAUUUCAUCUGGGGCCACAGAGAGGACGUGCCCAGUCUGGACGGGGCCGUGAAGAAGAUCCGCAGCCUCAUGAAGACCCACCACCUGGACAAGGUGUUCGUGGCCACGGACGCCGUCAGGACGGAGCACGAGGAGCUGAGGAAGCUGUUGCCCGAGAUGGUGAGGUUCGAGCCCACGUGGGAGGAGCUGGAGCUCUUCAGGGACGGCGGCGUGGCCAUCAUCGACCAGUGGAUCUGCGCGCACGCCAGGUUCUUCAUCGGUACCUCGGUCUCCACGUUUUCUUUCCGGAUCCACGAGGAGAGAGAGAUCCUCGGGCUCGACCCCCGGACAACAUACAACCGCUUCUGCGGGGACCGGGAGGUAGCGUGUGAGCAGCCCACGCACUGGAGGGUCGCCUACUGAGCCGGCCGGCCGCCUGUGGACCCCGCGCCCUGGACACCACACACACUGGCUCGUGGUCUCCCUCUGAGCACACGUGUGGCCUCGGGGUCGCGCCUGCCCUGGUGGUGGGCAAGGCCGCCCCACCCUCGCUCUUUAGGGUCAGUCGCAGCCCACAGCCACGUGAGCCACGGCGCGUGUCCGUUCUUGGUGUUUCCCCCACCAUGGGCUGCCCGGGACUCUGGCUGCGUGUCACGUGGGGUCUGAGCCUGGGCCUCCACUGCUGGCAAGGUCGGUGUGAUGUGAGGAGGUGCGGGGCUCGUUUCACUGGCCGGGCCUGGAGGGUGCCCGGCAGCGAGGGCCGUGCCCGUGGACCUGCUGCGGUUUCAGCCUGUUGGUACUGCUCCUUCAGCCCUUUGACCUGCGUGAGGCCCCCAACAAGCUGGCAGGAAGGCGAACCGCCGCCGCCUCGCAGAACUGGGGCUGAGGCCUGUGGGGGCCGGUGAAGUGCUCUCUCCUCCCCGGCUCAGAUCCCGGAAGGUUCCUCGGCAGCUUUUCAGGCUUCGCCGGGUUCGCACGGAGAGGAGCCCCCGCGGCCGGCUGAGGCACUGUGGGCUGGUCACCGGUGAGCGCCGUGGUGGCGUUGGGGACGGCCGCCCCGGGCCCUGCCCCACGGUGGGCUGAGGGGGCCAGGAGCACGGUCACUCAGGCCUCCGAAGGGUUUGGAGUGCGCUGCCGAUCUCGGGGCUCGUGCCGCUGCCCGGAAACACCUUCUGGGCCUCAGGCAUGGCCACCGCCCAUCCCCCCUGACCAGGAGCCCCAACUUCCCACAGACACCCCGGGUGAGUCGCAGGGGGGGCUGUUUCUGUGUCUCCUUCCUGAGCUUUGAAAACCAAGCCCAAACACGCGCUAGGGUCCUGUGACAUCAUUCAUGGCUGUGUGGGGGAAACAAUGAAGUAUUUAUUCUUUGCCCAUUUGUACUUCCAAAUACUAUUAAUAAAAUACGUUUUCUAGAAAA